CCGCGGCAAUGGCACUAUUCCAGACCUUAAGGUUCGAUCAUUGUCCCUCUCCUGGCGUUCGGAAAGCCUCUAGAUAACUGUAUAAAUCAACCGGGGGCACCAGACUCUGGGAAGAGAUUGAAUACAUGAUCAUGCCCUGCUCAAUUUCGACACUUUGGGCUGGUUACAGACACGAUGCAGCACGUGGUUUGAAAAUAAUUCAACGUCUGUCUGGCUGACAUCAAAACGACAAGACAAGCCCACCGACACCGAAACCGCAGGUCCGCCGGAAUCUCCAGUGUUUGUCCAGCGCUUCUCCCAUUGGCGCGGUUAUUGUCACCGGUUAAAUUGCCAUUGGUCCUCUUAUAAUUGUGGGCUUCCACGGCAAAUCGCUUCCCAGGCAAACCCAAAGCACUUUGAACAGCCCAGCAACCCAGCAAGCUCAGGAACCUGGACCCUCUGCCAAAGUGUUAGGCACGCAGGGUAGCACCAGGCGGGGUUCUCAAGCCUCUCGAUAGAACGACGUGGGAGCUCUUUAGGCUUCUCUCCAAUGAGCUAUCGUGGGGCGACGGCUCGGGGUUGGGAAGAAACUCGUUUUCGCGAAUGGGAAAUGUCAUUUGUGCCAUGGCUGAAAUACCCAAUGCGGGGAUGGAGGGUUUUUGCGUAUAUAAUGGGAUUUGCACAUCUUGCCUUGGGAAGAGAUUUUCCUCCAGCUCUUCUCUGUCUGCUUCCCUGUCCAAUCUCUUUGCCUUCCUGACGUCGUCAUUGUGAUAGUAGCUGCUAUUACAUCACCCCGCCAAGAGCGUUUCCGUUGAACAUAAGGACUCGGCGUUGAGCAACAGUUUCGCUUCGAAGAUGGCGACUCAAACGAUCAACAAGGAUGCGAUCAGCAACCUCUCCUUCGUCCUCAACAAGCCCGGCGACGUGACCUUUGAGGAGCGGCCGAAGCCGACCAUCACGGACCCCAACGACGUCCUCGUCGCCGUCAACUACACGGGCAUCUGCGGCUCCGACGUGCACUACUGGGUGCACGGCGCCAUCGGGCACUUCGUCGUCAAGGACCCGAUGGUGCUGGGCCACGAGUCGGCCGGCACCGUCGUCGAGGUCGGCCCGGCCGUCAAGAGCCUCAAGCCCGGCGACCGCGUCGCCCUCGAGCCCGGCUACCCGUGCCGGCGGUGCUCCUUCUGCCGCGCCGGCAAAUACAACCUGUGCCCGGACAUGGUCUUCGCCGCCACGCCGCCGUACCACGGCACCCUGACGGGCCUGUGGGCGGCGCCCGCCGACUUCUGCUACAAGCUGCCGGACGGCGUGUCGCUGCAGGAGGGCGCGCUGAUCGAGCCGCUGGCCGUGGCCGUCCACAUUGUCAAGCAGGCCCGCGUCCAGCCGGGCCAGUCCGUCGUCGUCAUGGGCGCCGGCCCCGUCGGCCUGCUGUGCGCCGCCGUGGCCAAGGCGUACGGCGCCUCCACCAUUGUCAGCGUCGACAUCGUGCAGUCCAAGCUCGACUUUGCGCGCGGCUUCUGCUCGACGCACACGUACGUCUCGCAGCGCAUCUCGGCUGAGGACAACGCAAAGGCCAUCAAGGAGCUGGCGGGCCUGCCCGGCGGCGCCGACGUCGUGAUUGACGCCAGCGGCGCGGAGCCGUCGAUCCAGACGAGCAUUCACGUCGUCCGCAUGGGCGGCACGUACGUCCAGGGCGGCAUGGGCAAGAGCGACAUCACGUUCCCCAUCAUGGCCAUGUGCCUCAAGGAGGUGACGGUCCGGGGCUCGUUCCGCUACGGCGCCGGCGACUACGAGCUGGCGGUCGAGCUGGUCCGGACGGGGCGGGUGGACGUCAAGAAGCUGAUUACGGGCACCGUCAGCUUCAAGCAGGCGGAGGAGGCGUUCCAAAAGGUCAAGUCUGGGGAGGCCAUCAAGAUUCUGAUUGCCGGGCCCAACGAGAAGGUGUAA